GAGGAGCAGCGAGUCAAGAUGAGAGUUCAGCCGCGGCGGCAGCAGCAGCAGACUCAAGAAUGAACAAUCCGUCAGAAACCAGUAAACCAUCUAUGGAGAGUGGAGAUGGCAACACAGGCACACAAACUAAUGGUCUGGACUUUCAGAAGCAGCCUGUGCCUGUUGGAGGAGCAAUCUCAACAGCCCAGGCCCAGGCUUUCCUUGGACAUCUCCAUCAGGUCCAGCUCGCUGGAACAAGUUUACAGGCUGCUGCUCAGUCUUUAAAUGUACAGUCUAAAUCUAGUGAAGAAUCGGGGGAUUCACAGCAGCCAAGCCAGCCUUCCCAGCAGCCUUCAGUGCAGGCAGCCAUUCCCCAGACCCAGCUCAUGCUGGCUGGAGGACAGAUAACUGGGCUGACUUUGACGCCAGCCCAGCAACAGUUAUUACUACAGCAGGCACAGGCACAGGCACAGCUGCUGGCUGCUGCAGUGCAACAGCAUUCCGCCAGCCAACAGCACAGUGCUGCUGGGGCCACCAUCUCAGCCUCCGCCGCCACGCCCAUGACUCAGAUCCCCCUGUCUCAGCCCAUCCAGAUCGCACAGGAUCUGCAACAACUGCAACAACUUCAGCAGCAGAAUCUCAACCUGCAGCAGUUUGUGUUGGUACAUCCAACCACCAACCUGCAACCAGCGCAGUUUAUCAUCUCACAGACGCCCCAGGGCCAGCAGGGUCUCCUGCAAGCGCAAAAUCUUUUAACGCAACUACCUCAGCAAAGCCAAGCCAACCUCCUACAGUCGCAGCCAAGCAUCACCCUCACCUCCCAGCCAGCCACCCCAACACGCACAAUAGCAGCAACCCCAAUUCAGACACUUCCACAGAGCCAGUCAACGCCAAAGCGAAUUGAUACUCCCAGCUUGGAGGAGCCCAGUGACCUUGAGGAGCUUGAGCAAUUUGCCAAGACCUUCAAACAAAGACGAAUCAAACUUGGAUUCACUCAGGGCGAUGUUGGGCUCGCUAUGGGUAAACUGUAUGGAAAUGACUUCAGCCAAACUACCAUCUCUCGUUUUGAAGCCUUGAACCUCAGCUUUAAGAACAUGUGCAAGUUAAAGCCACUUUUGGAGAAGUGGCUAAAUGAUGCAGAGAACCUCUCAUCUGAUUCGGCUCUCUCCAGCCCAAGUGCCCUGAAUUCUCCAGGGAUGGGAAUUGAGGGCUUGAACCGUAGGAGGAAGAAACGCACCAGCAUAGAGACCAACAUCCGUGUGGCCUUAGAGAAGAGUUUCUUGGAGAAUCAAAAGCCUACCUCGGAAGAGAUCACCAUGAUUGCUGAUCAACUUAAUAUGGAAAAGGAGGUGAUACGUGUUUGGUUUUGUAACCGCCGCCAGAAAGAAAAAAGAAUCAACCCACCGAGCAGUGGUGGGACCAGCAGCUCACCUAUCAAAGCAAUUUUCCCCAGCCCGACCUCACUGGUGGCAACCACGCCAAGCCUUGUGACAAGCAGCGCAGCAACUACCCUCACAGUCAAUCCAGUCCUUCCUUUAACCAGUGCUGCGGUAACUAAUCUCUCUGUUACAGGCACUACAGACACCACCUCCAACAACACCGCAGCCGUGAUUUCCACAGCGCCUCCGGCUUCCUCAGCAGUCACUUCCCCUUCUCUGAGUCCCUCCCCCUCUGCCUCAGCCUCCACCUCCGAGGCAUCCAGUGCCAGUGAGACCAGCACAACACACACCACCUCCACUCCUUUGUCCUCUCCUCUUGGGACCAGCCAGGUGAUGGUGACAGCAUCAGGGCUGCAGACAGCAGCAGCUGCUGCCCUCCAAGGAGCUGCACAGUUGCCAGCAAAUGCCAGUCUUGCUGCCAUGGCUGCGGCUGCAGGACUAAACCCAGGCCUGAUGGCACCCUCACAGUUUGCAGCUGGAGGUGCCUUACUCAGUCUCAAUCCAGGGACCCUGGGUGGUGCUCUCAGCCCAGCUCUGAUGAGCAACAGUACACUGGCAACUAUUCAAGCUCUUGCUUCUGGUGGCUCUCUUCCAAUAACGUCCCUGGAUGCAACUGGGAACCUGGUAUUUGCCAAUGCGGGAGGAGCCCCCAACAUCGUGACUGCCCCUCUGUUCCUGAACCCUCAGAACCUCUCUCUGCUCACCAGCAACCCAGUUAGCUUGGUCUCUGCCGCUGCAGCCUCUGCAGGGAACCCUGGACCUGUAGCCAGCCUCCACGCCACCUCCACCUCAGCUGAGCCCAUCCAGACCUCGCUCUUCACGGCGGCCUCUGCCAGCGGGGCUGCCGCCACCACCACCGCCUCCAAGGCCCAGUGAGCUGGGCUGAGCGACGCUGCCAGCCCCCUUCUUCACUCCGAGUGCGACUGGCUGCCAGCCUGGCUGAGACCGAAACACGUGAUGGGCUUCCUCUUGCCAUGUUGCAAGGGCAAGGGAGAGGAGGGAGAGAAGAAAAACACAUGCCGGAAAAAAAGGAUGGAAACGGGACAACAUUUGCCUAAUUUUGUAAUAAAACACUGUCUUUUCAGGAUUGCUUCAUGGAUUGGAGAACUUUCUAACCAAAAAUUUAAAAAAAAACAAAAAAAAGGCAGAAACAAAAAAUCAAAAACAAACAAACAAAAAAAUAAGUGAAAGGACUACUUAUCAUUUCCAGCAGUCAUGAUGACGAGUUAAGGUGGGUUACCAAUUCCAAUAUAGGAAGGGGAUUUCUUGUUUGUCUAAAUUUCUUUUUUUCUUAAAAAAAAAAAUCAUUUUUAUGGGUCUGUUGUACAGGCCAUUAAGUCAUAACAAGGUGUUUAUAAUCGUAUCAAUUGUGUUGGGGGUUCCUUUCUUAACUGGUACAAUUUAGGCAGGCCUGUAUUACUGUAUCUCUAUUGUUAUUGUUGUUGGUGUUGUUAUUGUUUUUUAUAUAUAUAUAUAGUUUGGACAUGUUUAUCUCUUGCUCCUGGAUCCUAUUUCAGUGAGCUCCCACACUGUGGGGCGGGAGGGUUUUAGGGUAAGGGGGACUUAACGUUCUUAACUGCGGGGAAUGUUCUUGCUGGUUUCCUUAUCCUUGAUGACUCUUACAGAGGUGCUAGAAAAUUAUUUUCUUUUGCCACUUAUGCAAGAGGCUUGGUGCAGAAGCUGAAGGCAGUGUGUGCAAACACUCCCACUCCACACACGCCCCCUCCCCCCCAUCAGGUGGUGCCUUUGGAGCACUUUUGCGUAGGAAGGAAUUCCUGCUGAACUGUAGCUCUCACUCACCCCAAAUCAUUGAAUGACCUGAGGCCCAGAUCCUGUGGUGCAACAGUGCUGCUUUCUGCUACUUUCGACAGGAAUGGCUGUACAUGUUGCAGGGCAGGAUUUGGUCCCGAAGAGCAAAGACUACUGCACACACCUAACUUGGUGGGUCUCCUGAUUUCGUAUCUCCUGAAAUGCUCUACUGUUGGUGUGUUUGUUUGUUUUUUCCAUUUUGUGGAAGUUUUUCAUCCGAACUUCCUUUAACUUACUUGGCAAGGAACAAAAUGACUUACUGAAAUUGGGAAACUUUUCCCUUCUUUUGUUUUCUGAAGGAACUCUACCAAACUGUUUUCCAUUGGUUAUAGAUCACCGAAAGAGGUGUGAUGAGAAGAGUCUGAGGUUAGCGACAGACUUUCACCAGAUGGCUUAUCAAUUCCUCUCACCCUGACACUCUCCUUGGUUCUCUGACUAGAGAAGGCACUCAUUAGCCGGGCAUGGGAUCUGUAGAACCUUUGAAGGACUUUGAGCAGGAACUUUGCACACACCUCAAGUGUCUCCUUGGUUUGUUAGUGGUGCUCCUGCUAGGUAGGUCUAAAUGGCAAUACACAUCGCUCUGUUCAUUGUAGAAGGCGAUUAGCUUCCGUAAUUGUUUCCAGGGUAUUUCUAGACGAUGUAAAUGAGCCCAUGAAAAGGAAGUGUUUAUGGAAGUAGAUGAAGAGGAACGAGGGUAACUUGGAAAUUAGAUUCCCCUUUUUGUCAGUGUUCUAUUAUUAUAGUAUCUGUAUCCAAAAAGUUCCCAAAAGACUGGAUCACUGCAGUGCAGCUCAUCUGAGCUCCCUUCUUAUUGGAGUGAAAGGUUCCCAUCUGGUGUUUGUGGGUGCUUGCUUACAUCUCCGGUGGUCCUAUGACUGCACUUUUUCCCCAUUUCGAGCUGGGGGCUGAGAGAGAGCUUACAGGUAGUUUUUCUUCUGCAUGCUCUGCUUAUAUCCACAAGGGAGCUUGGAUUCUGUGUAUUUGUCUCUUCACAGUGUUGGGAAAGGCAGUGAUACAGACACAAUGUGCAUUUUUGUUUGUGAUCAUCCAAGUGGGAGACAGGCAUAUUAAUAUUAAAAGACCAGAAAUGUUUUAGUUCCCUUGUUAAUUUUUCUUCUAUUCCUUCUGUCUUCCCAUUUUAUUUCACAAAGUAUUUAAUUAACUACCCUUCACCUUCCUAAGAUCCCUCCAAAAUCAAUGAACUGCAAGCAGGGAAACUAACAAAUGUCCAUCCACCGUUUUUGUGUGUGGUAUGUUUUUUUUAUGUUGUUUUUUUGACUAAGCUUGAACCAAAGUCAAUUUUUAGCAAGCUGCUGUACUAAUGGACUAGUUUAUAUCGUGCAGUUCAGACACAUUGAGGAGAUAGAUGCUACUGACAAUUUCUUUUUUCAUUUGUCUUUAUUAAUUUUAUAUAAAAGUUGCUGCUUGUUUUAACCUUUUAUGUUGGUAAGUUGUAAUAUCCUCUGGGCAGACAUUAACUUGAUUUUUUAAGUAGUUUAUUUAGUUUGGUGUGUAAAUAGAAUGGCAGUGUCAGUUACUAAAUUUUCUCCUCUUCAUCCCACUAUUUCUCUGAUGUAGUUGAAUUUAAUCUUUUAUCUAUCCUGAUUUGACAUCUCCAGUUUUAGUCUGUGCAAAUGAUUUUAGGGCUGUCAGUGAUACUGUAGCUGCCCGUGGUGAUGAGUCCCUCCCUUGGGAGUGGUAAGUUAGGAGGAAGGACUCAGGGAGGGAAGUGCUGAUACCCACCAUGCUGGAUCAGAGGUUGUAGCAUUAAUUUCCCAAAAUUGCUACCAAAGGAAGCGUUGAAUCCCAAGGGACUCAAGCCCAGUGGAUUAAGAGGAAGAGCAAGGAAAGGCUGUGUUUGUUUGUUUUCCUAUGUGGUUCAAAAAUGCUCCCUCUCCCAAAUAAGAUUCACCAACAGACUUCAAUAUUAAAAAAAAAAAAGAUACUAAGCUUUAAAUGUCAGUACGAUGGUCUUCUCUUCCCUGCCCUGUCUAUAUUCUCUAGUUAAUUCGGGAUAGGGGGAUUCUGCCUUUGUGUAUGUGGGGUUGUGGAUCACUUUAUGAAGAUUAAAUUUAAACCAGCGUAAAAACCUGUGUUUAAAAGAAGAAAUAAAUCCUUAGACAAAGGUAACUUUUAGAAUUUUUCUCUUUUUUUCUCUUAUUUAAAAACAAGUUGUGAAAUGAAAGGUACAUUUACACAUGUACACAUGAAACACUAAAACAGCUUGUUGAUGGGUGUUUAACUUAAAACUGACGCCCCAUCAUCAUCAUCCCUAGAUAGUCUACUGAUCAUAUUGUGUCGUGACUCAACCUUUAGUCCUUUUUUACUUUAUAUCAUCUUUUUUAUCAUCUCAAGAAAUGCUUUUCGAAUUGAAUGAAUCUCCUAAGCUAAGGUACUCAGACUUAACUUUUAGCCACCUUAUAUGGGAGAGUCUGGAAAUUAAGAGGGACCAUUUGACCAAAAAGAGAUGUUUGGUAGCGUUUCUGCAUUUCUAAGAGGAAGGGCCAGAUAGGUCAUCACAGUUCAUUGUGUCAUUCUUCUUUUUUUCCCCCUUAAUGUUUAUGCAAGUUUUAUUUUAUCCCUGAAUUUGGUUAACACAUAUUAAGCCAAAGACUAAUUCUAAAUGCAUUUAUAGCGAUACUGUAUUUGCCCAUGGUAAUGGGCCCUCCCUAGGGAGUGGUGAAUGUAAUUGUUUGAAUCCUGCUUAUCACAAGCAGGGCAAUUUGGUUGUGAACUUUAUUUGUACCCUGUAUAAAUCUAAAGGACAGCAGAAAGACCUGGAAAAGGGCUUCUCAGAAGAACAAUAUUAUUGUUCCUGAUUUAAGAAAUAUGUUGAGUGCUAUGUUAGUUUAAAUGUUUCUGAAGUUACAUAGGCAGCUUUUUAGAAUUAAAAAAGUUGUUCCUAUCCAUUCAUUACCUGAUAUAAAACACACUUGCUUUUAUUUAUUUGGUAAGAAAGAUCAAUACCAUCCCAAUUUACUCAACUUAUUAUUGAGGAAUGGAACCAAAGGAAUCCAACUUUCGUUUUGUGUAGGACCGUACUGAUUUGUACUUCAUGGUAGCAUUAUUAGAAAUUAACGUUUUUUUAAAAGGGAAAAUAAUAUUAAUUAAAAGAUUUUUAGUGAGAUUAUCUUGCCAAUUUGUUCUACACAGUUCAUUCAUUGUUGGGGAGAAAAGCACAAUUGUACCUCUUUUUUUACAUUAUUUUGUUCUAUUAUCCCUCAUUUAUUUGGGAAGUUGGGAAAAAACCUUGUCUAUAUUCAGAAGCACAGAUGCUUGACACAAUAUUUAAAUUCAGCCCAAUCUUUAUCAUUAAAUUUUCUAUUUAAAUUGCUGGGAAAGCUGGAUACAUUUGAAAAUGUAGGAAAUUAAUGUAGAUUUUUAAAGUUGUAAAUCCUGAUAGUAAACAUUGCAGUUAGUGUAUAAUAAACACUUGGCUUACAAAAGAAACUCUUUGUUGUUCAUAGUCUAAAGUUGUUCCCAAACCAUGUCAUCCUCACAAAACUUUCUUUACCAAGAAAAAAGUAAAAUCGUUACACACUAGGAAGAAGAGAGAGAGAGCAGACAGGGAGCAGUCAGCAAGCCCUGAGCGUCAGGGCCGGCCGAGAGCAGGCGAGCGGUGGGCAGCACCUGGUUCAGACCUCCUGCUGGCAGUCUGCUGUGGCCUUGGACCCCUCAGGGCCCCCCCCCCAGAAAUCAGUCUGCGAUCUGAGAGCCCUCCGUUAAAGAGCCUCAACAAUUGAUUAUGAGAGUUGGUCAAAUACAGUCUCCUUAAUCGGCAUCUGAAAUUGAUGAAUUUAAAGUUUAUUCGUUCAGACCGUGUUUAUUGGAGCUGAAAAUGUUAAAAAGACCAUCAGUACUAAUGGAGAAAAAGACUAAAAACUUGAAAUUUAAAAUUACUCAAAUGGGCAAGAACUGAUGGAUUCAUCUGAUCAUAACCAUUGUGAGUUCAUUUUUGUAUGUGUGUGUGAAAAGCAUUUAGUGAAAAGCAUUUAGUUUCAUCACAGCCCUGGCCAUCUUUUUGCAUAGAUGGUGCACACAGUACAAAUGUGAACUUGGACAGAAAUAGGAUAAGUAAACUGCUUUCAUCAUUAAAGGCUGAUACUAAUCCUGUUCUGCCUCAUUCUUUUCUUAAUCUAAAGAGAUUCAAUGGGACACGCCUGAAAUUUUCAGUAAGAUAUUUGGAAGGAUUCCAUCCAAAGGGCAGGGAAUAUGUCUUUUCUCAGAGUUGUCAGGUUUACACCCAGAUUUCCAUAUGAUUUGUGAAGUUGCUUUCUUCUGACCAUCCUUAUUCAUGAAGCAGUUCCAUGUGUGGGCUCUUCUACUCUCAGCCUUUGCUCAAAGCAGUAAACCUUAGCAGAUCUUACAUUGAUUCUGUAAUCUGGAUCUCCUUUCCUCUCUUCCUUCUCUUCCUUUUCUCUUUGAAUGGUGAUACCUUUAUCUGGGAGGGUAAUGCUCGUGGGUAACAGCUAGCUUCUGGCCCCUUCAUAAAAUACCUCAGCAUAGUUUAGCAUUGUUACAGAACUGGUUUUAAACUAAAAACCAAAUAAAUAAGUAAAAAGAAAGAACUUUAUAAAUAGUGGAAAUAAUUCUAGCUGUAGCAUUUAGUUGAACUGAUGUUUAUUAUGAUUGAUAAACAUGAUCGAUGCGGUAUGUAUUUGGGAUCCUGU